CCCCGUCCUAGGCGGUUGCCUCGGGAGGCCGCCGCCCUCUCCCGGCCCAGUGGCGCGGCUCCUGCGCCAGUGAUGUGAAGUAGUCCUACGGCUGGCCCGCCCCCGGCCCGCAGCCCAUUACACCAUCCGCCGCGGCAGCCGCUGCAGCCCCAGCUGACUGGGAGGGCGGGAGGCCGCUCGGCGCGGCGUGGCGGGGCGGGGCGAGCGGCGCGGCGCGGCUCAUUCCUGUGGGGCGCGGGACAUGGAGUUUGGCACUCUGGUUGUCAGAUGUUGGAAGGCAAUAGGAAAAAACAUAUCCCUGCGGUUUUACAUCCAUUCUGGGGUUCAGUGACUUGCCUCCGUCGAUAGAGUUAAGCUGGAGCUUUGCUUUGAAGGAUAAAUAAGGCACAGCCUCUCUACUGGACAUAAAUGGAUCUAAAGACAGCAGUGUUUAACGCAGCGCGGGAUGGCAAACUCCGGCUUCUUACCAAGUUGUUGGCAAGCAAAUCCAAAGAGGAAGUUUCCUCCUUGAUCUCUGAAAAAACAAACGGGGCCACGCCGCUCUUGAUGGCUGCCAGGUAUGGGCACCUCGACAUGGUGGAAUUCCUUCUGGAGCAGUGCAGUGCCUCCAUAGAAGUUGGGGGCUCAGUCAAUUUUGAUGGCGAAACCAUUGAGGGGGCUCCCCCUUUAUGGGCUGCUUCUGCAGCCGGUCAUCUGAAUGUGGUCCAGUCUUUGUUAAAUCAUGGAGCAUCUGUCAACAACACCACUUUGACCAAUUCGACUCCUCUUCGAGCAGCAUGUUUCGAUGGCCAUUUGGAAAUCGUGAAGUACCUUGUAGAACACAAAGCUGAUUUGGAAGUGUCAAACCGGCACGGACAUACGUGCUUGAUGAUUUCGUGUUACAAAGGACAUAAAGAGAUUGCUCAGUAUUUACUUGAAAAGGGGGCAGAUGUUAACAGAAAAAGUGUUAAAGGUAAUACAGCAUUGCAUGAUUGUGCAGAAUCUGGCAGUUUGGACAUCAUGAAGAUGCUUCUUAUGUAUUGUGCCAAGAUGGAAAAGGAUGGUUAUGGCAUGACUCCCCUUCUCUCAGCAAGCGUGACUGGUCACACAAACAUUGUGGAUUUUUUGACACACCAUGCACAGACCAGCAAGACAGAACGUAUCAAUGCUCUGGAGCUUCUAGGGGCCACAUUUGUAGACAAAAAGAGAGAUCUGCUUGGGGCCUUGAAAUACUGGAAAAAGGCAAUGAACAUGAGGUAUAGUGAUAGGACUAAUAUAAUUAGUAAACCAGUACCACAGACACUAAUAAUGGCGUAUGAUUAUGCCAAGGAAGUAAAUAGCUCGGAAGAGCUGGAAGGUCUUAUUGCUGAUCCAGAUGAAAUGAGAAUGCAGGCACUAUUAAUUAGAGAACGUAUUCUUGGUCCUUCUCAUCCUGAUACCUCUUACUAUAUUAGAUAUCGUGGAGCUGUCUAUGCAGACUCUGGAAAUUUCAAACGAUGCAUCAACCUAUGGAAGUACGCUUUGGAUAUGCAGCAGAAUAAUUUGGACCCUUUAAGCCCAAUGACUGCCAGCAGCUUAUUAUCUUUUGCAGAACUGUUUUCCUUUAUGCUACAGGAUAGGGCCAAAGGCCUGUUGGGUACUACUGUUACAUUUGAUGAUCUUACGGACAUACUGUGCAAAAGCGUGCUUGAAAUUGAGCGAGCUAUCAAACAGACUCGGUGUCCUGACCCAUUACAGUUAAAUAAGGCUCUUUCUAUCAUUUUGCAUUUAAUCUGCUUGUUAGAAAAAGUUCCUUGUACUGUAGAACAGGAUCAUUUCAAAAAGCAGACUAUCUACAGGUUUCUUAAGUUGCAUCCAAGAGGAAAGAAUAACUUCAGCCCUCUUCAUCUUGCUGUGGACAAGAAUACUACAUGUGUAGGGCGGUACCCAGUUUGCAAAUUUCCAUCUCUGCAAGUUACUGCAAUAUUGAUAGAAUGUGGUGCUGAUGUGAACGUCAGAGACUCCGAUGACAAUAGUCCCCUACAUAUCGCUGCUCUGAACAACCAUCCAGACAUCAUGAAUCUCCUUAUUAAAUCAGGUGCACAUUUUGAUGCCACAAACUUGCACAAACAAACUGCUAGUGACUUGCUGGAUGAGAAGGAAAUAGCUAAAAAUUUGAUCCAGCCCAUAAAUCAUACCACAUUGCAGUGUCUUGCUGCUCGUGUCAUCAUGAAUCAUAGAAUAUAUUAUAAAGGGCAUAUCCCAGAAAAGCUGGAGACCUUUGUUUCACUUCAUAGAUGAUAAUUUGACUAUGUUUUAACACUGUCAAAGCACGAAUUGUUAACAGUUGUUUCAUAAACAAGCACUGUUGUGAUAACACCAGCAUUCAUUUAGCUUGAUAUCAUUGUGCUCUCAUCGGCUAAUGCAUUACAACCAUCAAACUUACAGGAUUGGUUUCCCAGUAUUUAAUAUAAAUAUAGCAUAUAAUAUAUUGUUUGUGAAUUACUAAGAACUGUAAUAUCAUAGCCAAAUUUCUAAAAUUGUCUGCCAAAGGCUUAAUGAUUCUGGUUUUGUUUGCUGUGGGGUGUUUGGGACAGAGUUAACUGUUUUUCAGUGGUAUCUUUAUACUUUACUGGCUUGUGAAUUUUAUACAAUUGAAGAUUUCUUUUUUCUUGCUUCUGCCUUCUCUUCUCCAAGCUUUUCCCAGUUCCCUCCCCACCCCCAACCAUUUCUACUACAGUUUUCCCCCUUUACCAACCCAUGCUAGGUCUUAUAAACCUUAUGGACUUGUUACUACCAUUUGCAGUUACCAUAAGUGCUUUGUCUUCUCUGUGCACCGGCUUAAACUUGACUGUUGUAUGUUAGCAUAUUUUCUAUGCAGCAGUUGGUUAACUUCAGUUUAAAACAACGUUUUCUUAAGUUUGUUAUAGAGUUCAUUUUAUGCAAAUACUCUUGUAGCAUGACAAUUUUUAGAGCUGCAGGUUAGCUAUCUGAGCUCAAGCCUUUUAUUUUUUAUUGUUUAUUUUUCUUUCACAUCUGAAGUUUCUUUAAUCCACAGAAACUUUUGUGUGCUACAUUUGGGAAACAAAUCUAACUCAUUAACCCAGUUGAAAUUUAGGUCUGUCAUCUUAAUAUAUCACACAGUAAAAGGAAGACUUUAAAGUGACCCACCUUUCAUACUGCUCCAGCAUUGUCCUGCUUGUGCUGAUAGUGUGACUAGGAGUAGAGAAUUUGUUUAAAUUUAACCUCAGAGUUUAUCACACACACAGCUUAACAAAUCACACUGAAAUACUCAGUCACUGAACUGCAAAUCACUUUUAGUUACAAAAAGAGCUAAAGCAUGUCAGUGGCAUGUUGCUUGCCAAGCCAGAUCUGGGCAUCUAGGAUAAUUAAGGUAUUUCAGUAUGCAGUUUCCUGCCAUAGUAUCGAAGGUCAGUAACAGUGUUCUUUCUUUCUUCAAACUUAUGUAUGCCUUAAAGAUAACUUGCAUGAAUUACUUUGGUCUCAAUUAUUUGUCACCCUAGUUAAACACAAAAAGUUACAGUACUUCCUGUUCCCACACUGAAAGUUAGCUUUGUUUUCCUUUUUCUUUCUUUCUCUCUUCCUUCCUUUCUUUCUUUUUUUCUUUCUCAGAUUUGCUAUGCCACAGAAAGGGCUCUUUUAACUUAAGUGAAAAGUACUAAAGAGAUUCAGGUAAUUAUCAUUCAGCACUUUAUUGUUAUUCAGAAUAAAAUUUAUGAUGGCAUAUUUGCCCUGCAAAUGUCUUACUAAAAUUGUUCUGAAUAAAAAGUUCCUUAUUGAUUUGAGAAAAAUUCAGUUUACCUGUGAAUUUAAUGACCUGGAUCACCUACUUGGAUUUUGGGGGUGACAUUUUAUUCUGAGGGUUGAUGUGAUGCUAUUUAAAGAGUCAUAGUAGUUUUAUCUUCAUCUUUAUUCAAUAAAAACUUGUAAUGAAGAGUAGUAAAUAGUAAAGAACUUAGACUUUUUGGUUAAAUAAUUGAGGUUUAACUUUUUAAAACAUACCCUUAUUUUACUAGUUUGUAAAUUAAUUUCACCAUUUAAAGGAAUGGAUUAAUAGGUACACACCAACUUUUUGAUGAAGAGAUUUUACUAUCCCUUAUUUACUAUGGGCAAAUUUGAUGAAAUAUUUGAACUGCUCCAUAUAAAAAUAAUUAUGAUUUAGUCAUAUUCUAGAAAUAUCAAACAUUGAGUUCAUUUGCCACUAACCCUGUGCUAUAAGAAUUAUAUAUGCAUAAGCUACUUUUAAAAGAAAGAAUAAGUUUGCCAGUGUAGUAUAUAUACAUUAAUUGAACUCAGUUUUGGGGUGAAAAAUGACAAUUAUAAUUUUAAGUGAUGUACUGUUUUCUCCUUUUCUUGGUAAGGUGGGACUUACAUGUUCUUAGAGCAAGGCACAUCUGACACUGUUUACAGGGGUACUGGAAUCUUGCGACUUUAGUGCAAAAUAAGGAUUUCUUUAGUGUUUUUCCACCACUAAAAACGGAUAGCUUAGAACUAGUCCUCAGUCUUGAUAACUGCAAUGCUUUAUAUCAGUUCAGAUACAAUUCUCUGCAAAGGCCUGUAGGAGCCCUUGAAAAAUCAGUGAAUAGCUCAAAAUUUUAUUUUAGGAUUGGUUAGUAAAUGUGACCUCAAAUACUCUUUUAAGACCUUCAUCAGAAAUUAAUCUCAAAAUCUUGAGCCAUUUAGGCUCUUUAAGUUUGUGUUUUUAAAACCAUAGGAACAAAUUAAAUACUUAGUGAACUAAUUGAAUUUAUGUAAGUCAAGCUUUAAACUAUAGAAUGGUGAUGUUGGCUGGAGUUAAUGUAUAAAUUUUGAUUACAUUUCUAUAAAAAUGACGUUAAAGGCCUUUUGAAUUGUAGGCGUUCUGUAAAGAAAUGGUCGUUUUACUCAGAUAAUCAGUCUACUUUCUCAAGACAGAUACAGAUUUAAAAAUAGUCAUUUUCUUAUCCUUAACGCAGAUGGGUGUAAAUCUAAAUCAGCAGAGGUAAUUUGGAGUCCUUUAUGAUUUUGAAGUUAAAUGAUUGCUUACUUUUAAAGUUACUACCUUAUAUUUUAAAGACCCCAUUUACUGUGAGUUGGGAAAACUGUUUAGGUUCUAUUUGGAAAAGUAGCUCUUUAAUAUUACUUAGCAAAAACCCUAGACUAAAUUUGCAAGUAUAAUCUUGGAAUUAUUUUUCUGGGAAUUGUAGAGGCUGAAUGAGAUAACAUAUUCUUGUACACUGUAACAGCAGCGCUAUUGUUUGGAACUUUAAUAAUUUUAAAAUUAGAUACUAAGGAAACUAAAACUAAUUGGUCGUCUUUCUUUUUAUGCCCUUGUGUAUCACUAAACAGUUUCUCUUCCCUUUGUCAGUUCCCAUUGUGUAUUUUUCAAAAAGAAGUACUGUCUUCAGAUGCCAGCCUAUAAAUUGUCACACAGUGGAAAAUCAUAUGCCACCACAUUCAUUGUAAGGUUUAAUAAAAGUAAAUUUGCACCAAG